AUGCUCCGAAAAUAUCAUUUUUAAAAGUAUUUACUGUAUAACAUUUCCCCUUCCCAUGUGUCGAAGCAAGUGACAUUAUAGACUUGAUUAUUAAAAAAUUUAUUGAUAACAGCCCCUGGCCACAGUUUUCAUGGAAAUGCAAAUUUCAAUUUUGUGACCCGCGUACAAAAUGAGGAAACUAAAACCAAAUUCAGCAUUGGAAAGUGAAAUCCAUCGACUGAUAUUAUCACUCGGAAAUUGUUAUCAUUCACAAAAAUGAUUAGAUGGGUAUACAGAAAUGAGUGUAUUAAUCAAGAAUGCUCUUUACCCCAUCUUCAAAUAUAAUCAUGCAAUAUCAAUCCCAUCUACUGCUAAUCUCAGUGUGACAGAACUAUGCAGAGAGGGUCAGUUGAAGGAGGCGCUACAUAUUCUGUUUACCACACACAACCCUCCAGCAGACAGUUCUUUAUAUCUUCAACUGUUGCAGACCUGCAUUGAGAAGAAUGGGUUUUCACAAGGCAAAGAAAUCCACUCUUUCAUCACUGACAGGGGAUUUGCAUUUGCUACGCAUACAGCUUUUCAAAAUAAGCUUGUGAACAUGUAUUUCAAAUGCGGGAGUUUGGUGGAUGCUCGUAAAGUUUUUGACGACAUGGAAGAACGAGAUUGCUUCUCAUGGAACGCCAUUAUUGCAGCUUACAGAAGACAUGGGUAUCCUCAGGAGGCGCUCAGAAUGUUUCACCAAAUGCAACGAACAGGUGUCCAAGCCAAUCAACUCACCUUUGCCAGCAUCCUUCCAGCCUGUGCCAAAAUGGGAGCUCUUAAACAGGGUAUGGACAUCCAUCAAAUCAUAAUUGAAUGUGGAUUUUUGUCAGAUGUUGUAGUUGCUAAUGGGCUGAUAGACAUGUAUGCGAAAUGUGGAAGCAUACACAAAUCACGCAAACUGUUUGACAAAAUGCCUCAGAGAGACGUGGUUUCAUGGAAUACAAUGGCUGCAGGAUAUGCAUAUGGUGGUGUCCUUAAUGAGGCUUUAAGGAUUUUCAAAGAAACGCCUCAAAAAAACGUGGUCUCAUGGAAUUUAAUGAUUGCAGGAUAUGCACAAAAUGGGUUUUCUGAAAAGGCGUUGCAAACUUUUAAGCAGAUGCAUUUGGCAGGUGCAAACCCAGAUUCCACAACUUUUCUUAGCAUCCUCCCAGCUUGCGCUAAAGUGGGAUGUUUAGAACAGGGUGUGGAUCUUCAUCAAAGCAUAAUUGAAAGCGGAUUUUUCUCAAAUGUCCCAGUUAUGAAUGCCUUAAUAGACAUGUAUGCAAAAUGUGGCAGCAUACACAAGGCUCGUGAUCUUUUUAACAAAAUGCCUCAAAGAGAUAUAGUCUCAUGGAAUGUGAUGAUUGCAGGGUAUGCACAAAGUGCUGAUCUAGAUAAGGCUUCAAGGCUUUUCAAAGAAAUGCCUCAAAAGGAUGUGAUCUCAUGGAAUGCUAUAAUUGCAGGAUAUGCACAGAAUGGGUUUACCGAAAAAGCCAUGGAAGCAUUUAAGCAAAUGCAAAUGGCAGGUUCAAAGCCGACCUCUACCACCUUUGCUACCAUACUCCCAAGUUGUGCCAAAAUGGGAGCUUUGGAAAAGGGUAAGCACAUUCAUCAAAGCAUAAUAGAAAGUGGCUUUUCUUUAGAUGUUGUAGUUGCAAGUGCCAUGGUAGAUAUGUACGCUAAAUGUGGAAGUAUACCAAAAGCACGUAAAAUGUUUGAAAAAAUGCCUCAAAGAAACGUGAUCUCGUGGAACACUUUGAUUUCAGCAUACGCACAAAAUGGCUUUGUUGAAAAAGCAUUGCAAACUUUCAAGCAAAUGCAAUUGGCAGGUGUACAGGUAGACUCGACAACCUUUGUCAGCAUGCUCCCAGCCUGUGCCAAAAUGGGAGCUUUAGAACAGGGUAGGGACAUCCAUCAAUACAUAAUCAAAAGUGGAUUUUUGUCAGAUGUUGUAGUAGUGAAUGCCCUGAUAGAUAUGUAUGCAAAAUGUGGAAGUAUACACAAGGCACGUGCACUGUUUGACAAAAUGCCUCAGAGGGAUUUGGUCUCAUGGACUGCAAUGAUUUUAGGAUAUGCACAAAAUGGCUCUGGCAAGGAUGCUCUCUAUCUCUUUGAAUUAAUGAAAGAUACUGGAACAUACCCUGACCACAUAAGCUUCGCUUGUAUUUUAUUUGCAUGCAGCCAUGCAGGUUUAGUUAAUGAGGGUUGUAAAUACUUCAAGAGCAUGAGUGACUAUUAUUGCAUUAUUCCUACAAGUGAUCAUUAUGUGUGCAUGGUUGACCUCCUUGGGCGUGCAGGCUAUCUGGAGGAAUCUCUAAACUUUAUUAUUAAAAUGCCAAUUAAACCUCUGCUGGUUGUGUGGAUGUGUUUUCUUGGUGCUUGUAGAUCAUGUAAGAAUACAGGGUUAGGAGUAUUUGCAGCAACUCUUCUUUUUGAGUUGGAUCCUAAAAAUGUUGCGGCUUAUGUUCUUCUGUCAAACAUUUAUGCAGAAGUUGGCAGGUGGGAUGAGGUUCAAAAGUUAAGGAGAUUGAUGAAAGAUAGAGGAAUUAAAAAGAUACCUGGAUGUAGUUGGAUUGAAGACAAUAAAAUUGUACAUGCUUUUUGUGUAGGAGACAGAUCACAUCCACAAACACAGGAGAUCUAUGAAAAGUUGGAGGAAUUGUCUUGGGAGAUGAAGGCAGCAGAGUAUUUUCCAGAUCCAAGAGAUGCUGUGAAUGAUGUCGAAGAGGAGGAAAAAGAAAUAUUCCGCUGCUAUCACAGUGAGAAAUUGGCAAUUGCGUUUGGAUUGUUGAACUUGCCCCCUGGAACAACUAUUAGAGUUGUCAAGAACCUCCGCGUAUGUGUUGAUUGCCAUACUGCAACAAAGUUUAUCUCCAAGAUUGUUGCCAGGCAAAUCAUUGUGAGAGAUGCAAACCGGUUUCAUCAUUUCAAACAAGGACUAUGUUCAUGCGGAGAUUAUUGGUGAUA